AUGACCACAGAUAAUAUAAGAAAAUCUAAAUAUCCUUCUUUAAAGUAUAUAGAAGACUAUCAAUAUGACUAUACUUAUUAUAAUUGUGAUACCGAAGAUAACUUAGAUAUAAAUUAUAAAUAUGUAAAUUUUUGUAAUAUUAUUGAACAGUUGGAUUUACUUGAAUCCCCCCCAAAAAGUAGUCAUGAUAGUGUUAAAAAAAAAGGAUGUAACUACGAACGAUUGAAAAAAAAGAAUGAGAAAUAUUAUUCCUUUUUAGAUUUAGAAAGUAAGCUAAAUAAUGUAUAUGAUAAUGAUAUAUCUUCAUUUAUGUAUGAAAAGAAGAUUUCUUUAGAUGAUAAACAUAGAUUACCAAAAAUUCGAUUAAGUAAAAAAUAUGUUGAACUUGGAUGCAUAGGGUUUUGGAAGUUAUCAAGUUUUAAAAAAAAAUUCAAUAUAAAAAAUUUAAGAGAUAAUGAUGCUAAUACAUAUUGGCAAACUGAUAGUUUAGCUCCACAUACUAUAACAAUUCAAUUUAUAAAGUUAUUAAAAAUUUCUAAAAUUUUUUUACUAUUAAAUUAUUAUUUAGAUGAAUCUUAUACACCUAAUGAAAUAACAGUACAUAUUGGUAAUGAUGAAAAUCACCUUGAAUUAUUAUGUGAAACGUUUUGUGAUAUGAAUAAAUACUCCUUAAAUGAACCUUUUUGGUUUCUUAUAGAUUUUGAAAAUUGUAACAUGUCUUCUUAUUAUUACAAUUAUAAUAUGAAUCAUUUAAAAAAAAAGAAUGAUAUAUAUUGUCGUUGUUUGAAAAUUUCUAUAAUAUCAAGUCAACAUAAUGGAAAAGAUACACGUAUAAGGCAACUACAAAUCUAUGGUCCAAAUUAUAUUCAUUACAAAUAUGAUAAAAUGUUAAUAUAA